AUGCGUAUUCGUGGAACUCAAGAUAACCAUUCCGAUGCACUUUCUACUUACUAUGAGAACAUAGCGCGUAUUACGGAUGAAACAUUAGCUAAAGCAAAUCGGCUACUUGGUAAUUUGGAACCCAUCAGGAGAGAUCUCAAAUCACCCAAUCGGGAAAACAAUUGCGUUGGGGAACACCUCUUGAUUAAUACAGAAAACGGGACUGAUGCCCACUUGCCAUUGUCGUCAGAUGAGAGCAGAUGUAGUGCUGGUAAUGACUACUCCACUGAGGGAUUCAAAAAUUACGUAGACACACCGUCACGUUUUCUUUCGAAGUCAGUGUCGUGCCAACAGGAAAAUCACGGGAACAAAUGUCUUUGUACAUUCAUUCAGCCAAACUUAAGAUCGCGCGAAAAAGCAAAUGCCAGAGAACUGGAACACCAAUAUGCAUGCGCACUUGAGCAGUGGUUGAAAAGUUCUCGGAUAAAUACUUCAUGUGGUAAGAGCAGCACCACUGUGCGCUCUCCGUCGUCGUCUAGUCCAAGUCGAAUGAUGAGUGGCAGGGAAUUAAAAAUAUCCAGAGGAGAUUCAAAAGCGCCGCGUAUCUGCAGCAAACAUAAAAGAUCUCUGAGAAAACUCGUAGAUAGAUAUACAUCCUAUUCUCCAAGACGAAAAUCGAAACAAGAAACACAGAUUGGAAAGGAGGAGGCAAACAAUGGAUUAGCAUUUAAGGAAAGCAUACGUCAUGGUUGUGUGACUAUAAUGCAGGCUGACAACGUUUAUUUCAAGUGUCGCUGCGGGCAUGUUUGCAAGUAUCCUGUAAAAAUCUCAAGCCCUAGAAGCUCAAUGUGUCAGUGGGCAGCAUCAUCAUCAUGCGAAAAAUCUGUCGAAAACAAGAGGGGAACUAGCCUCCGCACAGCGCGUUCGCCACGCGCGCGUGGAAUCUCUUCCAGGAACACGUCUGCUUCAGAAACUAAAAAGGUGGAAAGAGAGUUUCGUCGUCGCACUUUCGCAGCCAAAGAAAAGGAUAAGGGUUCCGCUGUAAAGAAAACCGCAUUCUCUCCAAAAGUGCAGAGUACAGGAUUUACGACAAGGACUCGCAGCAUAUCCAGUCAAACAGAUCCAACGCUCGGAGGUCGUCUGCCUCGAUCCGGAGUUGGCUUACUUGCAAAAGCGCUAACUGAAAGAAAAUCAUUGACAGGUGCGAAUGCGACAGUGAUUAAGACGGCAAGGGCUAACUCACCAAGACGCAGACCGGACAGUAUACUUUUCGAUGCAACAUUCCGCGUAAAAGAUCAGGAAACCGACGAACUUCAUACCUUGAUCUUGAAUGCAGAAAUGCAGGGAAAUUUGAUUAAACGGCUGAUAAUCAAUGGGAAGGAGUGCAAGGUUGAUUGCACGUGAAAGGAAAAAAUAUGAAAAAGGAAACGAUAUCCGUAAUCUUAUGCUACUUGAGAUUCUUCUUGUAAUGCACAUUCACAUAUGAAUAAAGUGUGC